AUGUCUCGAACACGCCAGCCAACGGGCUCAAAUCCACUCCGAACCACAACAGAGUCCUCCCAAGACUCAACAACCCACAUUCCAACCCUCAGAUUACGCGCAGAGGAAACACCAACCGACACCAGCGAAACAACCUCGUCUUCUCGACGAAUCAGAUGGAGUGAAGAUGUCGUAGAUAACGAGGGAAUGGGCAAAAAGAGCUCAAAAGUAUGCUGCAUCUACCACAAAGCCCGACCAGUGGGAGAAAGUAGCUCAGAAGAAUCCUCAUCAAGUUCAUCGGAGAGCGACAGCGAGAGCGAAGACGACCGACGCACCGCGAGAGUCAAUCGGACUCGCCACACACACUCACAUAACGGAGCGCGGGACGAGCGCGAACACGAACACAAGCACACAGGGAGUUGCGGCGAAGAUCACAAAUCUAAAUCCAAAGCGAAACCGAAGCGCCAGCGCCGGAAGCCGAGUCCGAAUGCAUAUGAGAAGAUGCCGAAGUCGUCGAGGAAUCAAAAUCAAAAUCAACUUCAUGCGCGGGGUACUUGA